AUGUUCCCAGCCAACCUGGUGGAAGCCACAUUCAAACAGUACCGCACCAAGACCACCCCCGUUGUGAAGUCCCCCAAGGUGGCACCGGAGGGGGCCCCUCCUCGGCGGAUCCUUAUCUAUGGGGUCCAGGAGGAGAAUGGCUCUCGUGUGCAGAACUUCGCCCUGGACCUGACCCCCCCGCCCGAGGUCAUUUACAAGUCGGAGCCUGGCACCAGCGACGGCAUGAACGUGCUGGGCAUCGUCAUCUUCUCUGCCACCAUGGGAAUCAUGCUGGGCCGUAUGGGUGACAGCGGGGCCCCCCUGGUCAGCUUCUGCCAGUGCCUCAAUGAGUCCGUCAUGAAGAUCGUGGCAGUGGCUGUGUGGUACUUCCCCUUUGGCAUCGUGUUCCUCAUCGCUGGCAAGAUCCUGGAGAUGGACAACCCCACGACCGUGGGAAAGAAGCUGGGCUUCUACGCUGUCACCGUGGUGUGCGGGCUGGUGGUGCACGGCCUCUUCAUCCUGCCCCUGCUUUACUUCUUCAUCACCAAAAAGAACCCCAUCGUCUUCAUCCGCGGCAUUCUCCAGGCCCUGCUCAUCGCGCUGGCCACCUCCUCCAGCUCAGCCACACUGCCAAUCACCUUCAAGUGCCUGCUGGAGAACAACCACAUCGACCGGCGCAUUGCCCGUUUCGUGCUGCCCGUGGGCGCCACCAUAAACAUGGACGGCACCGCACUCUACGAGGCUGUGGCCGCCAUCUUCAUUGCCCAGGUCAACAACUAUGAUCUGGACUUCGGCCAGAUCAUCACCAUCAGCAUCACAGCCACCGCAGCCAGCAUCGGGGCAGCUGGCAUCCCCCAGGCCGGGCUCGUCACCAUGGUCAUCGUGCUCACCUCCGUGGGACUUCCCACUGAUGACAUCACCCUCAUCAUCGCUGUCGACUGGGCUCUGGACCGUUUCCGCACCAUGAUUAACGUGCUGGGUGAUGCACUGGCCGCCGGGAUCAUGGCUCAUGUCUGCCGGAAGGACUUCACUCAGGACACGGGCACUGAGAAACUGCCGCCCUGCGAGACCAGCCCAGUGAGCCUCCAGGAGAUCGUGGCGACCCAGCAGAACGGCUGUGUGAAGAGCGUGGCUGAGGCCUCAGAGCUGACCCUGGGCCCCACCUGUCCCCACCACGUCCCCAUCCAGGUAGAGCAGGAUGAGGAGCCGGCUGCCGCCAGCCUGGACCACUGCACCAUUGAGAUCAGUGAGCUUGAGACCAACGUCUGA